CCCCUAAACGCUUCCUAUUAAUGUUUCUUUGAACACAUCGCGCCAAGCCCCGCUUUUCUUCUUUGUGCUCAAGAAGUUGCCGUUCAUGCCACAGUUAACACCUUACUAGCCUAUUGGUGUCCUCGUAAAUUUUGGGGCCCACUUGGCCCCGCCUGGCUUGGCCUGGCCACGCUUAGACCAACUCAUAGUUGCAUAUUAGUAGGCCAAGAAAGACUUUUACCUUGUAGUUAGUUACCCAAAUACCUGUUAGGGCUCUAGGCCACAGUAUUAGCAACAGUCAAAAAAAUGGUGCUCGCGGAGUUGGGAACACGCAUUUCCAAGGCCAUAUCGUCGAUGGGCCAGGCGAUGAUCAUCGACGAGAAGGUCUUGGACAGCGUGCUAAAGGAGAUUUGCACAGCCCUGCUGCAAGCGGAUGUGAACGUCAAGCAGGUGGCAAACCUGCGCAACGGUGUGAAGAAGCGCGUAAACAUAGCAGAGUUGGCGGCAGGGCUCAACAAGCAGCGAGUCAUUGAAAAGGCCGUAUUCGACGAGCUUUGUGAUAUGCUGGACAGCGGGACGGACCCCAAGAAGCUGGAGCUGAAGAAGGAGAAGGGCAAGCAGCAAACUGUCAUGUUUGUAGGUCUGCAGGGCAGCGGUAAGACUACGACUUGCACGAAGUACGCGUACUUCUACAAGAAGAAAGGCUGGAAGCCUGCGCUGGUUUGCGCUGACACGUAUCGCGCUGGCGCUUUCGAUCAGCUCAAGCAGAAUGCCACGAAGGCGCAGAUCCCCUUCUACGGCAGCUACAAGGAGACCGACCCAGCGGCGAUCGCGCAGCAGGGUGUCUUGCGGUUCAAGGAGGAGGGGAGAGACCUGAUUAUCGUGGAUACCAGUGGCAGGCACAAGCAGGAGGCAGCGCUGUUCGAGGAGAUGAAGCAGGUAGCGGCAGCAGUUGCGCCGGACCUGAUCAUCUUCGUCAUGGACGGCAGCAUAGGCCAGGCGGCGUUCGACCAGGCGAAGGCCUUCAAGGAGGCCGUCGAGGUCGGGGCCGUCAUUGUGACGAAGCUCGACGGCCACGCCAAGGGUGGUGGUGCACUAAGUGCCGUCGCGGCCACCAAGUCGCCCAUCAUCUUCCUCGGCACGGGUGAGCACAUGGACCAGUUCGAGUCGUUCGAGACCAAGCGGUUCGUGCAGCGGCUGCUGGGCAAGGGCGACGUGAGCGGGCUGAUGGACAAGAUCCAGGACGUCAUCCCGGAGGACAAGCAGCCCGAGCUACUGGACACCAUCUCCAAGGGCAACGUCACCAUGCGCGUGCUGAAGGACAUGUUCGAGAGCGUGCUGGAGCUGGGACCCAUGAGCCAGAUGAUGUCCAUGCUGCCCGGCUUCAACAGCGAGCUGAUGCCCAAGGGCAACGACAAGCAGAGCCAGAUGAUGAUCAAGCGCUACAUCACCAUCAUCGAGUCCAUGACGGACAAGGAGAUGGACACCAACAACAUCAAGAUGCUGCAGGAGACCUCCCGGGUCAACCGACUGGCCCGUGGGUCGGGCUCCUCCCCGCAGACGGUGCUGGCCCUGCUGGAGUCGUACAAGCACUACUCGAAAUACGCGACGCAGGCGCUCAAGGCGGCCAACCUGCCCAAGAACCUGAAGAACAUGAAGGGCGACGUGCAGAUGAACCCGCGGCAAAUGCAGCAGGCCCUCAGCCAGAUGGGCAAGGCGUUGCCGCCCAACCUGCUGCAGCAGCUGGGCGGCAUGGGCGGCCUGCAGUCGAUCAUGAAGGGCCUCGACGGGAAGAUGGGGGGUCUGGGUGGUUUGGGCGGCCUGGGCCGGAAGUGAGGGCGCUUAGCCGGGGGGGGGUUAAGUUAAGGUGGCGUCAGCAAC